AUGGACCAGCCCAAAUUUAUAGAGGAACCGAUAUCUCUUUCUCUCAUUUCUGUACUGCUGCACCUAGGAGAAAUCCCCAAUUUCUCUUCUCCUUCCUCAAACAACCGCCAUCUCUCUCUGUCCAGCCACCGCUGCUGCUCCACAGCGGGUACGCGUCGCUACUGCUGCUCGGAGAGGGAGGUUUCGCCGCCAUUUCUGGGAGAGCACUGCACAACCGUGAUCUCAGCGCCGUUCGCCUCCGCAGCUGCUCGCCCUCGGUCAGAACGCAGCGCCGCUGCUGUCACGGUGCAGUUGGCAUCGUCUCCGGCAGCCUCCGGACUCUCCAGCAGCCCCGUCCUCCGCUUCUGCUGUCUGGAAGUCCGCCGUUGUGUCGAGGUCAGCCCCUCACCGCAGCUACCGUCGGCCUGGUCCAGCCACCGCUUUGCUACUGUUCGUGCGGCAGCUUCGCCAUCGCACUCCCUCGGAUUUAUUUCGGUGUUUAAUUCCUCACAAGUAAUGGCUACGGAGUGGGAUGGAUGCUGGUAGCCGGAUCAGAUUUUUGUUUGGAACUACCGUGAAGAAGAAAAGAAUUGGGCUCAAAAGAUCUUCCACAAUUUUAUUUGCUUGAUUUGGACUCUUUUAAUUGUGUCAUGGCCCAAAGCUUUUUUGUAAAAUAAACAUUGGACUAUUUAAUUGAGAAGCUCAAAUAUUUGCUUCA